AUGCCUGGAGGAGGGGUGCAAUUGCUCCUGCAGCUCGAGCAGGAGAAGAAAGAGAAAGAACAACGGCACUCUCAGCAUUACUUGUACCCGCGCCCUCAAUCCUCUCAACCACAGUUACGACAGCCCCAGCAUCAUUAUCAACACCAGCAGUAUCUCAGCCCGCAGUCGCAUCCGCCGCCGUCGAUUCCGCUGCCGCCGUUGCCGGGCAUGAGAAAGACACGCAGCGCCGCCCAGGCAGAGCGAGCCGACGCGGCUGAAGAUGGCUCGGACAAGGAGCGGGACACUGCAGCUGCCUCUGCAGCAGCAACAACAAUCGGAGUUUCAGGCGACCCACGGGCGCGUGCAGCUACGGGAAUCCCUCGAUCCGUCACCUCAUCGCCAUCGAUUCCUACUCUGCGCACUCAAGCAUCCUCACCGUCGCCGUCGCUGUCCCCGUCGCGAGUGCCGACCCCGAACUUGCGCAAGACGGUCAGCAUCGAAGCCUUCCCACGACCCCCUGGCAGCGGCAGUGGAAGUCCCCUUGCGCAAUUGGGCUCCCCAAGUCCUCGAAACACGCCGCAAUCCUCGAGUCCUCUUGUCUCCAAUUCCUAUUCUUCCUCGAGUCCACGACCACCGCUGUCGCCAUUACAACCUCCUACCGGACUGCGCCGACCCCAGUCCAAGCCAUCCCUGCGCAACCUACGCUCCAAAACAUCUACUGCCUCGCUCAGUACGACCGCAGUUAGCGCUGUCCGAACCUCAAAGAGCGAGAGCCUGCUCAGCAUACCCUCUCCGCCUGGAAGUCGCUCGUCGUCCGCCCCCGUUUCUCCUGCCACGCCACUCACCCCCAUUGCCGAUGAGACCAUGCUAGAAGUCAUGGAUUCUGACAAGGAUAAAGAAGCAAAGGGAAACAUCACUGUCAGUGUACGCGUGCGCCCUGAUGCUGCUGCAGAUACUCAGCCAGAUGGAGAAUGGUUGGUUGAUGGAAGACGAUCCCUGAUAAGUUAUGAAAGUGGAGAAUAUCGCUAUGACAAUGUAUUCUCACCACACGACCAAAAUGCCCGAGUAUACGAAUCAGCCGCCAAACGCCUUGUACGACGUGUCAUGGAGGGUUACCAUGGUACCGUAUUUGCUUACGGUAUGACGGGCACCGGCAAGACCUUUUCCAUGCAAGGUACUGCCAUGUCUCCCGGUGUCAUCCCCCUCGCCAUUACCGACAUCUUCUCCUACAUUCGCCAGAACCCAGCUCGUGAGUUUUUGCUGCGCGUCAGCUAUCUCGAAAUCUACAACGAAAAGAUCUACGACCUGCUCAAUCCGGAUUCGAACGAAGAGAUCAAGCUACGCGAAGAUCCUCGCCGUGGAGUUUAUGCUACGCCCCUGAAGGAGGAAAUUGUGCAAAGUCCGAACCAGCUGCUGAGGGUUAUUGCGCGCGGUGACCAGCAAAGGCGUGUGGCAGGCACACAAUUUAAUGCUCGCUCUUCACGCUCGCAUGCUGUCGUGCAAAUCGUUGUUGAGUCGCGUGAACGCUCUGCCGCCCCUGUCGACGACCACAGGCGCGACAAGUUAUUACCCGGCAGUGUUCUUGUAUCGACUCUUUCAUUGAUUGAUCUUGCUGGAUCCGAAAAGGCUGCCGAGAGCAAGGAGCGACGUACCGAGGGUGGCCAUAUCAACAAGUCCCUACUCACACUAGGCACUGUUAUUGCUCGCCUGUCUGGCGACAAGGAGCUCUCUGAAAAGGACCAAAAACACCUUCCUUACCGCGACAGUAAACUCACUAGGCUCUUGCAACCUGCCCUUUCCGGAAACUCACUGGUCUCCAUUCUCUGCACUGUUCAGCUGUCUUCGGCAUCUACCAGUGCCGCUGCAACCUCCUCGCAUACAAGCGAGACACUCAACACGCUCAAAUUCGCAAGCAGGGCUAAGAACAACCUUGUCAGCCACGCGAAGCGAAACGAGUCAAACCCUGCCGAUGGCGCCGACCCACGAAGCCGAGCUCUGCUUGACAGAUACAAGCUGGAAAUCAUUGAACUGCGAACACAGCUGGAGGAGCAGAGCAAAAUAAAAAACGAGGCGGAAAAAGCCGAAAAGGCAGAGGUCGAAGAGGAGCGAUGGCGGGAAAGAGAGCGUGAGAGUGCCGAGCGCCAUGAAGAGCAGAUGCUGGAAAUGCAGCUCGCCAGGACUGCCCUCAAAGAGCGUAUCGCCCACUUGAACCGGCUGAUAUUGAGCUCGAAGUCACUAGGUGUGAAUUCGGGGCGAUUUUCCAACGCUAGCUCAAGCAUGCCAGUCCUUCAAAGGACGAGCACACACAGCACUUUGGAACGGCCGAAGAGCCGGAGACCGGGCAGCAGUGGGAGUCAGACCACCUCGAGUCGCAUUCAAUCCGGUUCCACUGUAGCGGGCAUGCUUCCAAUAGCACGGACCUCCCAAAUCGAAUUGGCUUCCGGAUCGGAAGAUGAAAAUGACGAAGAAGACAUGGCAGCUGAUGAGGACGCCUUAGAACCCGGGAGUGCCUCCUCGGCCCGUCGAAUCAGUGCUUUACAGGCUGACCUCGCAGACAAGGACCGCUACAUUUCUACUCUGGAGAAACGCUUGUUGCAGACUAGGAACAAUUCUUAUAGCAGGGCGAGCAGUGCAAAAUCUCCUCUGCCCAGCAGUCCUGUACCAUCCCGAGAUGGACAAAACUCAGACACCGUCAUCAAAGAGAAGGAUCAAGAGAUUGAGCGACUCCGGCAAAAGUUAGAAGAUCAGACACGAAUGGUGUCGGCCCUAAGGAACGCAGCCAGGAAGCGCGACAUGCUCGACACUUCUGGGGCUCUAUCUCAGCACCCAGCUUUCAGGCAGAGUCCAACCACCGCGUCGCCGGAGAAAAGGGAGCCACGCACACCUUAUCGCAGCAUGAGUCGCCCAGAGCUAUUUCGAAGCGCCAGUGGGCCGAUCGGUCCUGUCAGCCAGAUGUCACCGCCUGGCUCACAACCUGGCUCGCCGCCUCCUGGGGUGCAGAAUUUCUCUCGAUUGUCAAAGCAUCCCGCUACCUCUCUCUUCCCACCAGAUAUGGAGGGAGGUGAAGUCAGUGGAAACACCGGAUCUCCCGUCGACCCGUCGAACCACGUGGGCAGAGUUCGGAGCGCUAACAAUGUGCCCGGUACCCGCAAGACCGUGGACGAGAUGACAAAGCUCUUGGAUGAAAUGAUUCAAGACAAGGUCGACACUGGCCAUGUGAUCCGCGGUGACAGAGGCAGCUUGCGGGUAAAGCGCGACACGGUGAUGAGUCGUGCGGGCAAUGAAGACUCCUCUCGUGACGCUCAAGCAGGCGCAGCAGAUCCGUACUACGAGAAGGCGCAGUUCAUCUGA